GUAAAGAAGAGUGAAGUGUUCGACACACACAACUCAGCUUCUUCUUCUCCUUCUUCUCUAUCUCUCUCAAAUGCUCUGUUAUCUCUGUAUUGAGUCGCUGUGCUGAAACAAUGCCAAGGUCUUGGCUUAUUGACAGCAGAGGACUUGCCAAGAAAGUGAAAAAUGCCACUCUACCAACUGCAUAUCAGAUCAAGGACUGUGGGGCAAAUCGUGAAUGCCCAAAGUGCCAUUAUCAUAUUGAUAACAAAGAUGUCUGUAACGAAUGGCCUGGUUUGCCUGCCGGAGUAAAAUUUGAUCCAUCUGAUGUAGAAAUCCUAGAACAUUUAGCUGCAAAAUGUGGAGUGGGAAAUUUAAAACCUCACAUGUUUAUUGAUGAGUUCAUCCCAACACUUGAAGGUGACGAGGGAAUUUGUUCUACCCAUCCAGAAAAUCUUCCUGGUGCCAAAAAAGAUGGAAGCAGUGUCCAUUUCUUUUGCAAAAUUAUCAAUGCAUAUGCUUCUGGUAAAAGGAAGCGCCGCAAGAUUUGUGAUGAACAUAAUAUGAUAAAGGAGCAUGUCCGUUGGCAUAAGACAGGUAAAACCAGGCCUUUGAUGGAGAAUGGAGUCCAGAAAGGAUAUAAGAAGAUCAUGGUUCUUUAUCAAACUUCAAAGAAGGGAUCCAAACCUGGUAAGUCUAAUUGGGUUAUGCAUCAAUACCAUCUAGGGAUUGAUGAAGAUGAGAAAGAAGGCCAGUAUGUGGUUUCAAAAGUCUUUUAUCAGCACCAGAAGCAGAACGACAAGGAUGAGAAGUCUCUAGUUGUUGAAGAAUCUGAUAUUGGAACAAUACGAACUAGUCCCCGGACACCCAAGACAACUACUCCCAAUCCACCUCGCCCUGGGAAAUCUUUUUCACCUGAUGAUGUCACAGAUGAUUAUGUACUCCCGUCACCUGUCCAGGAAGCGAAGUUUGUUACAGAAACAUCACAUCCUUCUUCAUCUGCUGCACAAAUCAAGGAUGAAAUGGAAUAUCCCACCUGGUUGGCUGGAGAGCCACAAGAUGUAAAUAUAAAUGGCCUAGAUGACGCCUUGUUAUGCAAUGAGGUUUUCGAUUCUUAUGCCCUUCUUAAUGAUCCAGGACUGAAUCAUGGCCCUUUCACUGACUUUCCUCGCAACACUAAUGAGGUGCCUGAAGUAGAUGGCAAUGCUACCUCUGGCAUAGCUGAGCUUGAGAACUUAGAAUUGGAUACUCCACCAGAUUUUCAUCUCGCAGAUUUGCAGUUUGGUUCUCAAGACAGUAUUUUUGGUUGGUUAGACCGGUUAUAGUGAAGAUAAAAGCUUUCAAUAAUGGCAAUCAAAUCCCAAUUUUGUGUUCUCCAAUGUCAAAGAUGCUCCUGUUGAUUCCUCAGGGAUGUGUUUCAACGACGAAGAGCCUGGUUUUAAGGGUCAUCGGGACUUUCCCCAUUCCCAUGCUAUCGUCAAGUUUAGUUAAGUUGUACAAGGCUUAGAGGCAUGCAAUGCUAUGGAAUUUCGAUGACAAUCAGCAACUUAGUAACUCCAUGAAUGUAUUUGUGUUUCAGCCUCUUUUUUGUCAAUUUCAUCUGUAUUUUUUUCCAAUUUUGUUGGGGUUUCUCAAGUGUUUUUAGUGACUGUUGCAUAUUGUGACGUUGAAGUCAUUUGCAUGAACCCUGAUAAAUCACUUAAAAUGGAAACUAUUCGGAACUUAUUAGUUCUGUGUGUGUGUG